AUGGCUGUUCUUGACAUCAACCAAGCUCGUGCUUGCUUUCCGUCCCUGAGAUCGGGCCACAUCUAUGCCGAUAACGCAGGGGGGUCACGGACUACUCAGGCAGUGAUCGAUCGGAUCGUGGAUUAUCUGUCCAACACCAACGCUCAGCUGGAAACUGACUAUGCGGCCGUGAACUCUCAGCGUGUUUCUGAGGGCUCCAUCGCUGCUGUAGAGUUGUUCAAUGCCACAUCUCUCGAUGAGGUUGGGUUUGGAUCGAGUGCGACAAUGUUACUUGAAAAUAUCGCUAGAGCACUUGAAAAUGAUAUUCAACCUGGAGACGAAUUCAUCAUCACCUAUGAACAUGAAGCCAACAACGGUCCUUGGAAGCGUCUGGCUGCGCGGCGCAAUGCCGUGGUCAAAUACUGGCAUCCCAUACCAGUAUCUGCAGAAAAUCCUUACUCGCUCAUAUAUAGGGUCGAAGAACUUUUGCCACUGGUUUCAUCGCGCACCAGGCUGGCCGCGAUCACCGCGUGCUCCAAUAUUUUAGGAUCUGUGAUUCCUGUGGAAGAGAUAGUGAAAGCUCUUCGUCAGCGUGCAAAAGAACAAGGAGCAAUGAAGAUCGAGGUGGCUUUGGACUGCGUCGCAUACGCAUCGCACAAAAGAAUGGACGUACAAAAGUGGGAUGUCGAUUACUGCGUAAUUUCUGUAUACAAGGUGUUCGGGGCUCACAAUGCCGUUGCUUAUGUGCGGCCAGCAGCUCUGCAGACAUCUUUCACGUCCAUUGUCCACGAUUUUCUAGAGGUGGAUGACAAGCCCCAUAAGUUUCAACCAGACGGUCCAGGCCAAGAGCUCGUGUAUGGUGCAUCGGCAAUCGUGCCAUAUCUGAAGUCGUUGACUCCAGAAGAUGAUCUUACAGCAUCUUUCAACGCGAUCGCAAAACACGAGCAGGAAAUUUUGACGCCCUUGCUCCGCUUUCUGACAGACGCAAAACAAGUUGACAGAGGCGUUCGCAUCAUCGGGGAAAGUGAGAUCAAUUUCUCAAGGACUUCCAAUGUCUCCUUUGUUGUCGUCGGACAGAACGCGAUCAAGAGUAAGAAUAUCGUGGAAGCAUUCAACAAAAAGAGAGGGAUUUCAAUUCAAUGCGGCUACUUCGGUGCGUAUUAUCUUAUUGAUAAUCUACGCCCAAAAUUGGACAUAAAUGACGGAGUCGUCCGCAUUUCACUUGUCCACUAUAACACCGUUGAGGAAGUGGAGAAGAUCGUGGAUGUACUGCGGGAAGUUCUGGCUUAG